CUCGGGCCGCUGCGGCCGCAGCCUCGGCGGGGAGGCCGGGCGAGCCGGCGUGCGCACUUUUGCGGCGGACUUUGCGAGUGUUUGUGGAUAAUUUCCAUGCCAAGCCGUCAAGAUGAUGUCCAUGAACAGCAAGCAGCCUCACUUUGCCAUGCAUCCCACCCUCCCUGAGCACAAGUACCCGUCGCUGCACUCCAGCUCCGAGGCCAUCCGGCGGGCCUGCCUGCCCACGCCGCCGCUGCAGAGCAACCUCUUCGCCAGCCUGGACGAGACGCUGCUGGCGCGGGCCGAGGCGCUGGCGGCCGUGGACAUCGCGGUGUCCCAGGGCAAGAGCCACCCGUUCAAGCCGGACGCCACGUACCACACGAUGAACAGCGUGCCCUGCACGUCCACGUCCACCGUGCCCCUGGCGCACCACCACCACCACCACCACCACCACCAGGCGCUCGAGCCCGGCGAUCUGCUGGACCACAUCUCGUCGCCGUCGCUGGCGCUCAUGGCCGGCGCGGGGGGCGCGGGCGCGGCGGGCGGUGGCGGCGGCGCCCACGACGGCCCCGGGGGCGGCGGCGGCCCGGGGGGCGGCGGCGGCCCGGGCGGCGGCGGCCCCGGGGGUGGCGGCGGCGGCGGCGGCGGCCCGGGGAGCGGCGGCGGCCCGGGCGGCGGGCUCUUGGGCGGCUCGGCGCACCCGCACCCGCACAUGCACGGCCUGGGCCACCUGUCGCACCCGGCGGCCGCGGCCGCCAUGAACAUGCCGUCCGGGCUGCCGCACCCGGGGCUGGUGGCCGCGGCCGCACACCACGGCGCGGCGGCGGCGGCGGCGGCGGCGGCGGCCGGGCAGGUGGCGGCCGCGUCGGCGGCGGCGGCGGUGGUGGGCGCGGCGGGCCUGGCGUCCAUCUGCGACUCGGACACGGACCCGCGCGAGCUCGAGGCGUUCGCCGAGCGCUUCAAGCAGCGGCGCAUCAAGCUGGGCGUGACGCAGGCCGACGUGGGCUCGGCGCUGGCCAACCUCAAGAUCCCGGGCGUGGGCUCGCUCAGCCAGAGCACCAUCUGCAGGUUCGAGUCGCUCACGCUCUCGCACAACAACAUGAUCGCGCUCAAGCCCAUCCUGCAGGCGUGGCUGGAGGAGGCCGAGGGCGCCCAGCGUGAGAAAAUGAACAAGCCCGAGCUCUUCAACGGCGGCGAGAAGAAGCGCAAGCGGACUUCCAUCGCCGCGCCGGAGAAGCGCUCCCUCGAGGCCUACUUUGCGGUACAACCCCGGCCCUCGUCGGAGAAGAUCGCCGCCAUCGCCGAGAAACUGGACCUCAAAAAGAACGUGGUGCGGGUGUGGUUUUGCAACCAGAGACAGAAGCAGAAGCGGAUGAAAUUCUCUGCCACUUACUGAGGAGGGUGUGAGGUGCCGGGUGGGGCAGACUGGGGAGCUGAGGGGUGCGUUUCUUCUCCUCUGGCCUACU